AUGGGCCCCCCGUCCUGCAGCAAGGAAACCCGCCACUUCGGCACCCUACACGGCACUUCACUUGACACACACGGCUCGCGAGCGCGACGCAACCACCACGCGCGAACACCAAACGCGUACUACCUAAAAACGGUGCACUUUUCACACGCCAAACCACGACCGAUAAGGACCGGUCAAUGUAAAUUCAACGUGAACGACAGAGACAGAAAUAGUAGCGUAUGGAAACGGGCGUGGCUCCGGAAACGCAUAAGAACGACUUCGGGAGGUGGAAGUGACAUUUUGGCGUACAAGAACGCUUACGAUGAAGUUAAAUUAGGGGCUUCUUUAAAGCAAGCUGCAGAGAAGCACGGCGUUAACUAUGUAUCUCUUUUGAGAUACAAGCGAAAGCCGUAUGCAGUUAAUUAA